AGCAGCUCAGCUCGCCUCUCAGGACUGCUGACGUGUCGGCUGCACGCUCUACAGUCAAACGCUGCCAGCAUGGCUACACUAAAUCCAUAUUUCUAUGUUUUUACUCUGUUUCUUCAUGCAUGUGUUUGUAAAUCCAGCGCGGAGCGGCGCUUCUCCGACUUCAAAAGCUGCGCCGAUGAGGAAUGUAGCAUGCUGCUCGGCAGAGGGAAAGCCGUGAGGGAUUUCACAGGGCCGGACUGUCGGUUUCUCUCUUUCAAGAAAGGAGAGACGAUUUAUGUAUAUUAUAAACUCUCAGGACAGAGGUCGGAUGUGUGGGCUGGAACUGUUGGAAACCACUUUGGUUAUUUCCCUAAAGACUUUCUUAAUUUAAAUCAUAUAUAUACUGAAAUUGAAUUUGAGGUGCCUGCAGCGGAAACAGAUUUUGUUUGUUUUGAUACGGGACUUGAUAAAUUUAAAAGCUAUGAUAUUGAUUUGCUUUUAGGCAAAUCGUUGUUAAUAGAACAUGAGAAUUUAACAGAGGAAUCGGAUGAAACGGCUCCGAGUGAUGCUGUUGUCUCACAGCUGCCCUUCGAAUCAGAAUCAGCAAGUUCAGAUUCUACAAUACAUCAGGAAACAGAUUCAGAAUCAACAACAGGUCUUGAAAUAGAUUCAGAAGAUUCAGAAUCAAAAACGCUUCUUGAAACUGAUUCACUAGAUUCAGAAUCAACAACAAAUCCUGAAAUAGAUUCAGAAGAUUCAGAAUCAAAAAUGCUUCUUGAAACUGAUUCAGUAGAUUCAGAAUCAACAACAAAUCUUGAAAUAGAUUCAGAAGAUUUAGAAUCAAAAAAGGUUCUUGAAACUGAUUCACUAGAUUCAGAAUCAACAACAAAUCCUGAAAUAGAUUCAUUAGAUUCAGAAUCAAAAGCGCUUCUUGAAACUGAUUCAGAAGAUUCAGAAUCAAAAACGCUUCUUGAAAAUGAUUCACUAGAUUCAGAAUCAACAACAAAUCUUGAAACUGAUUCACUAGAUUCAAUAUCAACAACAAAUCUUGAAACUGAUUCAGAAGAUUCAGAAUCAACAACAAAUCCUGAAACAGAUUCACUAGAUUCAGAAUCAAAAACGCUUCUUGAAACUGAUUCAGAAGAUUCAGAAUCAACAACAAAUAAUGAAACAGAUUCAGAAUCAACAACAAAUCCUGAAACAGAUUCACUAGAUUCAGAAUCAAAAACGCUUCUUGAAACUGAUUCACUAGAUUCAGAAUCAACAACAAAUCCUGAAACUGAUUCACUAGAUUCAAAAUCAACAACAAAUCCUGAAACUGAUUCACUAGAUUCAAAAUCAACAACAAAUCCUGAAACUGAUUCACUAGAUUCAGAAUCAAAAACGCUUCUUGAAACUGAUUCACUAGAUUCAGAAUCAAAAACGCUUCUUGAUACUGAUUCAGUAGAUUCAGAAUCAAAAACGCUUCUUGAAACUGAUUCAGUAGAUUCAGAAUCAAAAACGCUUCUUGAAACUGAUUCACUAGAUUCAGAAUCAACAACAAAUCCUGAAACUGAUUCAGUAGAUUCAAAAUCAACAACAAAUCCUGAAACUGAUUCACUAGAUUCAAAAUCAACAACAAAUCCUGAAACUGAUUCACUAGAUUCAAAAUCAACAACAAAUCCUGAAACUGAUUCACUAGAUUCAAAAUCAACAACAAAUCUUGAAACUGAUUCACUAGAUUCGGAAUCAAAAACGCUUCUUGAAACUGAUUCAUUAGAUUCGGAAUCAAAAACGCUUCUUGAAACUGAUUCACUAGAUUCAAUAUCAACAACAAAUCCUGAAACUGAUUCACUAGAUUCAGAAUCAACAACAAAUCCUGAAACUGAUUCACUAGAUUCAGAAUCAACAACAAAUCCUGAAACUGAUUCACUAGAUUCAAAAUCAACAACAAAUCCUGAAACUGAUUCACUAGAUUCAAUAUCAACAACAAAUCCUGAAACUGAUUCACUAGAUUCAAAAUCAACAACAAAUCUUGAAACUGAUUCAGUAGAUUUGGAAUCAAAAACGCUUCUUGAAACUGAUUCAGAAUCAACAACAAAUCCUGAAACUGAUUCACUAGAUUCAAAAUCAACAACAAAUCCUGAAACUGAUUCACUAGAUUCAAAAUCAACAACAAAUCCUGAAACUGAGAGAUUACUUUCACAAUCUAUGGAUGAGGAAUCUAAUAGCCUUCAACCAAAGAUAAAAGAUGUCUCACCGGAACCAAUAUUGGAAUCUACAGAUGCAGUACAGAAAGAUCCAGAACCAAAAGCUGUUCAGCUUGUAGAGGUCCCGGAAGAGCAGACUGAAUAUGCACUACACCAGGAGUCAGAGGUCACCUUAGAAGAUGUACAACCAGAACUAUCGGAUGUACAAGAUAUUGAUUAUUCUGAGAUUUUGCACAAGCAGAGACACUCUCAGAGACCGUUUGGUACAACUGGACAGGAAGUCCCACAUUUUGAGCCUCAAGAACCGAUGAAGCCUCCAAUUGAAGCCCAAACUGCUGGUUCAGAGGUAGUCAGUGAAGAACCUGCCAAAGCCGAGCAAACUUAUAAGGGUAUACCACUACAACCACCAGAUAAAACACUGAAAGAAGUUGAGGACACCAAGAAUAAGAACAUGCGGUCAACCUUUAAGGAUAUUUCUAAAACGGUGCAUGAAGGUGAAACUCAAAAGACUGGAUCUCUUGAAGGAGUCGCCAAAGAGGACAUGGAGGCGUUACUUGGGGAACCAAACUCCGACACGCAUGUCAAAGACUUCGCUAGUCCCAAAGUCUUGAGUGAAGAAACUGACUCUGACGAACUGGCAGUUGAAUACACUGAUCCUGAGAAGGUCGUUUCAAUCAAGACUGAAGAAUUGCACGAAAGUCUGCAGACUGCAUCCGACGAUCAGAUUGAGAAUGUGAGGAACGAGCUUUUGAAUCUAUUAGGAAACACCUUGCGAUCAGAGAAGCAAAUUCACAGAGAAGAGGAACCUCAAGAUCAAGACGAGACAGAAGAUGAUGAAGCGCUUUUGGAGGAUGAGAAUGCUCUUUUAUCUUCCAAACCCCAACUUAUAGAUGUCGUACAGGACUCCAAGGAGAACGAACAACCUGAAAUUCAUGGCGAAGCCGAUAUAUCGGAAGUAUCUGAACAAAACGACAGCGUCUCGGAACCAAGUGGGUUACCAAGCGUGACUCGAGAAGAAGACCGUGAGUCCAUGGAAGAAGAUGGAUCCCAUCGCAAACUCGAGGUACCUUUUCCUCGCGAGGAGCCCGUGUACAGCGAUAGCAUUCUUAGACUCACAAUUUUACGAGAUCACUUGAGGGACGAUGAUAUGGAGCGUAUACAGAAGUAUCUCGGGCUGAAAAACCUGUUCAAAAUCGAAGCCAUGUUUUCUGACCUGGAUCAAGAGAUGAAGUCCGCCAGGCAGUUGCAGACAGACACGGAGAAUGUCGAGAACACGCUUGAUCAGAUCAUGGAGGCCUCGGAGAACUCCAUUCUAGACGAGACCGAAGAAAUGCUUAACGAAAGAGAGCGGAAAGCUCUGAAACCUGGGCAGCUGAAGGAACCGGGAAUGUAUGAUGUAGAGGCUGCCAUCUUGGAUGGCUUUCAGGAGAUUGUGUUCUCUUUACGACAGAAAUAUUCUGCCGCCAGUGACAGUGUACCAUUGGUUGAAGAUGGACAGCCUACCUCUGAAAUAGAUGAACAAAAUGACUCUGAAGAGGCGAAGGAUUUGGUCGAUGACGUCGAAAAGAUCGAAUCGCCUGAAAGUCCGGAGAUCCACAAGGAGCAGAAUGAAUCUGAAUUGACUCUGAAUUCGGAAUUAAAUGUGAACGCUGAAGAUUUGCCGCGCAGUAAAGAAAUGGGACUCGAGGAGGAUGGCGGUCAUUUUAACCGAAAUGAAGAUGCCCAAAAUGGUUUCAAAGAUGCUGAGGAGAUUCAAAAGGGGCCUCAUGCCAUUUUGGAGAAUCAAGUGGACAUUGGAUUUCACUUUGAAAUGGACCAAUCUUCAGGUUCACUGGAGACCCCAAGUGUCUCUGACUUCCAUGACACUGAAGCAAACGAUGACGUCAUCGGCACAUCGACCUCAGAUGAACUUUGGGGCUUGAUGCUUCUUGUCAAAGAGUAUCUUGGAGUGUACGCAGAAGUUGUCAUCACUGCGCUUCCAGAGGAAUGGCGGCCGGGUCCCACUUUCCACGGACUUCCCUGGGAACCCGUGCUCGUGACCGCAGCCGUCGGGUUCCUCACAGUACUGAUGUUCUUCUGGAGAACUCUGCUUGCUAUCAAAGGCAGAAACUAUCAGUUAACAGAGAAGCAGCUGACAGACAAGAUCCAGCGACUGCUCCGUGAGAAAUCCGAUGCUGUUAGCAAGAUUGCAGAACUGAAUGACAUGGUCAAAGAACGCGAAGAGCAGUUGAAGAGCUCUGAGAAAUCAGUGAGUUCAACACGGAAAGAAGUGAAACAGCUGAAGACGCAUCAUCAGAAACUCCAAAGCCAGUGGGAGGAGAUGUCUGGAAGUAUUUCUCAGCUUAACCAGAAGAUUGUUGACACACAUGAAGAGAAUUCAAAUCUCAAUGAGAAGAUGAUCAAAAUGCACCAGAGAAUCGAGAAAUAUCAGAAGACUUUGAAGAACUACGAUGAGGAACGUGCAAAGGUUCAUGUCCUCAUGGAUGAAGCUAAACUCAGAGAAGAUGCUCUGAAGGCUCAGGUGCUCUCGUUUGAGAAGGAAAAUGGCGCUUUAAAAGAGCAGAAGAAAUCUUUGCUUCGGGACGCCACUGAUUGGCAGGAGAAGCACGAGAAUCUGCGCGAGGAGAUCCGAGUUUAUCAUCGAUCACAGAAAGAGUUGCAAGAUUCACUGGUACACAAAGAAAAUGAGAUUGAUGUUUUGUCCAGCUGUAUUGCAGAGCUCAACCGAUUGGGAGCUUGUGAUGCUGAAGAACUACAAAACGAUGAUGCUAACAUGGCUAAUGGGGAAGAUGCUGACAUGAAGAUGGACACCAUGAGACUGAGAAUCAAACAGAUGAUGGACGUCUCAAGGAUUAAAGCGACUCUCGGUGUUGUUGAAGAGGAGAGAAAUCACUACAUGGAGAGUCUCCUCGCCGAACAGAAAAGCAGACAAGAGCUGGAGGAGCAAUAUCAGAAGGUCAUGCACGAUCAGAUGCAUUUGAAGAAUGAGAAGACUCACCUGGAAAACCAGUUCAAGAACCUUCAACAGAGACUGGAGAUCACCAGUGAGCUUUACCAGCAGAAGGAAGCCCUUCAACAGAAGUUGGCCUAGGAGGAGCUGGAGAGACGUGAGAAGGAGACGAAGCUGUGUGAGGUGGACGGCAAAGCUGUGAGGUCUGAGGAGGAGGUGAGAUCUCUCAAACAGAAGAUCAAAGACAUCGAAGAGGAGAUGCAACAGAGCGAACGAUCUCUCAAAACCGAGGUGGCAACCCAGGAAAAGAAAGCGCAUGAGAACUGGUUGAAAGCCCGUGCCUCAGAGCGAGCUCUGGUGGAGGAGAGAAGAGAAUUGGCCAACCUUCGUCAGAAGCUUGUUGUGCUCAGAGAUAAAAUCUCAGACAUGGAGCAAACGAGUCUGUUCAAACUGAACUCUGGACCUCCAGAACGGCACAUGCCACCUAUGAGGAGAGGUGACUCGUACGGGCCGUCUCCUGUGAGUGGGGGGGCUCCUUCUCCUCCUCUAAUGAUAGAGGGUCCGGGACGCCCCCCCUCUGCACCUCUAGGGCGACGGAACGAAUCGUUUGGUUCACGACCCCCCUCUGACCUCCACGGGCGUUUCUCAGAGCUUGGACACCCACUGCCCUCACGACCAGAAAUGUUCCCCCCCAUGACAUCAUCUCCAUGUGCACAUGACGGACCGAUGCAGACCGCACCCGUCAUAGAGAAGGCCGAGGCCGCCUCCGAGCAGGUCUCGUCUGACCCUGUAGAACCUCUGUCUAAAUCUCAGAGCCAAGGCUCCUUCCUGCCGUCGCCCAUCCGGGACUCUCCUGCCCCGUCACAGAGUCCACCAAUAAAGUCAUAUGGACCCCCAAUCAUGGGUGGACCGGUUCCGCCGAACGGCCUUCCUCCCAUGAUGCCCCCUGGCCAUCCCCUCGGCCCUGAUCCGCGCUUCAGACCACUGCCCAUGGAUUCUUAUGGCCCGCCUCCGAUUGGCCCAUAUGGACCAGUACCGCCACCUUUUGGUCGAGGCCCACCGAUGCGAGACAUGGGCCCGCUCCCCCCACCACCUGAAUUUUAUGGACCUCGAGGGCUUCCUCCUCGGCCUUUCCCUCCCGGACCUCUCGCCCCUGGAUCGAUGGUUCCACCACUGUAUGGGGGCCGAGGCUUCGGGACCCCUCCACUAACAGCUCAGACCUCCAGGGACGGUGAGGAGAACGCCACAUUAGCCAACAACCCCCGCACCGAUCACUUCCAUCAGCAGGGGGCGCCGCAGGAUUCGGAAAACUCCGCAAUGGCGGAACCUUGAACCAACUUUUACCUGAACAAUUUCACCAGGCUUGACUUCAUGAUGUUCUUUGUUUGGUCCUGAUUCUUUUCAAUAUUUAAACAUCAAAACGCCACAUUUGUUUCGGGUGAGAGGAAAAACUCUUUUUGCUUGCUAUGUUUGUUUUGUUUAUUUCAAUAACACAUUUGUGACCGAAAUUGAGGGUUUUGAUUUUAUACGUUUGCAAACCUUUCCUAUGGAAAAAGUUUGAUUUAAUAUACAUUUAAUUGUUUUAUUUUCCGCAAUGAAACUGUAUGUUGUCAUGUGGGAAAUCAUUUAAACCAACCUGACGUAAAUAUAUUCAUGAAGCCAUAUACUCAUGCCUUUAAUACGAGAGGACUCUGAGGAGAAUUUAAAUAUUUUUAUGCCUUUUUCACCAAUUGUGAACACAUAUUUCUGUUCAGCUGCUUUUAGUUCGAUGAUUUGCCGGCUCACCUGUGUGUUGUGUCUGUUAAUGUUUGUUGUACAUCUGUUCUUAUGAUCUCUUUUCCAAGAGGAAAGGCACAUAUGCUGUCAUAUUGACAAAGUAUUUGUACAUUUCUUUCAGAUGCAUAUACAAUAAAAAUAUUCUCGGAAAUCAAACAUUGCUAGCGUAACAAAUACCAAAAUUUUGUGCACUUUCAUGUUACCGCAAUAGUCGACAGGUGACCUAGAGUACAUAAAUCGUCUGUAUACCAUGUGAUUGUAUUAAUUGAUGUUGGACGAUAAAGUUUUUGCAGAGUCGUGAUUGUGCGAAAAUUACAGAAACUUUACAGGCAAUUUUGCAGAUUGAGUUACGUGUAAAUUGUUCGGUAAAGCAUUCUUGUGUAAAUUGCUCCAUUGGUUUUUAAUAACAAUUUAUGCAAUUAUUUUUACUGAACCGUCACAUUUAAUGCAACAGAUUUCCAAAUUGUUUGUAAUGCCAUUCUUAUUGUAAAUUGUUGCAUUCAGUUCAAUCUGACUAAUAUUUAUCACAGUUCACAGAAUUUAUUUGUAUGUGACACUUAACGUAAGAAUAGUUUUACUGAACAAUUUACACAUUCGUCAAAUUCAGUUUACGUGAAUUAACUCAAUAAUUGUUUUACAAAAAUACAAUAAACAACAGGUAAAUUAUUUGCUUUUCAAUUUACAGCAUUAACGUAAGAAUGGUUUUACAAACAAUUUAAACAUUCAGUUCGCGUGAAUUAACGUAAGAGUGGUUUUACGAACAAUUUACACAUUCGUCAAAUUCAGUUAGCGUGAAAAAUGCAAAAAAACAACAGUAUAUUAUUUGCUUUACAAUUUACAGAAUUAACGUAAGAAUAGUUUUACGAACAAUUUACACAUUCGUCAAAUUCAGUUCGCGUGAAUUAACGUAAGAAUGGUUUUACGAACAAUUUACACAUUCGUCAAAUUCAGUUCGCGUGAAUUAACGUAAGAGUGGUUUUACGAACAAUUUACACAUUCGUCAAAUUCAGUUAGCGUGAAAAAUGCAAAAAAAAAACAAAACAACAGUAUAUUAUUUGCUUUACAAUUUACAGAAUUAACGUAAGAAUAAUUUUACGAACAAUUUACACAUUCGUCAAAUUCAGUUAGCGUGAAAAAUGCAAAAAAACAACAGUAUAUUAUUUGCUUUACAAUUUACAGAAUUAACGUAAGAAUAGUUUUACGAACAAUUUACACAUUCGUCAAAUUCAGUUUGCGUGAA